AUACCAGCAUGUUACCAAAACUAAUUAUCUGUGUUUUGAUUGUGAUAAUUGCCGUUUCUGGACAACGUACCUGCCAUGUCGAUCGGAAGCUUGUUACAGUGGUAGUGUUUUACGCGAGGUGCAAUCACAAUGUGGUUCACUAAAAAUGGAAAAUUUGAACAUUGGAAAAGUACAUUAUUUUAAAAGUUGGACUGAGACUCCAGCUUUCCUGCAUAGGACGUAAAUUCAGUUUCAGUUGGUGGAAUGGCUUUUUGGUGGGACAGGAUAAGAGCUUUGCUGCGGGGAACUGCAAUGUCACAGCCGCCGCUGGAUAACAUCGAGUCUUUGGACAGUAUCCCUUUGAUCAGUUCUCAGGAUUAUGGAAGUGUUAAGAAAGUAACUGUCACAAUGGGUAUGGACGGGACGCUCGAGGUGGAUAGGGAGACAGGCAAGCCCGUUCGCAAGGGCAUGUACUGCAGCCAUGCACAGAUGCUGUUUGUGUUUAUCACGGCAUGCAUUAUCAUCAUUGGUGUGGGGCUGUUGGCCUACUACGUACCUGACAGGUGUGCGGAUAUCGAAGCCACUCAAGCACCUGUUGUGGGACAGAGUAGAGGGGAGUCACCCAGGGAAGAGGAAGAGACCCCCAAUUUAUCGGAGGAAGGAGGCGUUGGGGUGGAGGUGAACCGACAGCAGGCCGAAGAGUGGAAGGGCCGGCUGCCCUUGGACGUGAUCCCCAAACGGUACAAUGUGAGGCUGCAACCGUUCCUCACCACUGACGACGCCCAGGAUUCGCUAAUGGGCCGGAAUUUCACCUUUGAUGGGUUGGUGACCAUCAAAGUGGAGUGCAAUGAGCCCACUAACACUAUCACCCUGCACACACUGGACCUGACGCUUCACAAGCCACCUAAAGUCACGUCGCUGAGCGGCGGCAUGGAUGCCCCGGACCUGUUCGAGAGUUACGAAUUCGUGGUGGAGUACGACUUCCUCGUGAUCACACUCAAAGAGAAACUUGCGAGUGGUCAGGAUUACGAGAUUAAACUGAAUUACUCCGGGGAGCUCAAUGACAAGCUUGCAGGAUUCUACAGGAGCAAAUACACUACAGCUGAAGGAGAAGAAAGAUGGAUCGCAACGACCCAAAUGCAGCCCACGGACGCCAGGAGGGCCCUCCCAUGCUUCGACGAGCCCGCCUUCAAGGCCGUCUUUGACGUCGAGAUUAUCCACAGGUCUCAUAUGACAGCGCUAGCCAACGGCAUCGAACGGGACGGGGAGAUCAAAGUGCCCGUGGGUACUGAUGGUCGCUGGGUGGUGACCCGCUACAAGCGCAUCCGGGAGAUGUCUACAUACCUGCUGGCUUUUGUUGUGUGCGAUUUCAAGUACACUAACGCCACUACCGAAAACGGAAUCUUGUUCAGGGUUUGGUCACGCCCGGAUGCCGUUGAGAACACUCGCUACGCAUUGGACGUCGGCACAAGAAUCCUGACUUAUUUCGAAGAAUACUUUGACUUCGCCUAUCCCCUAGAAAAACAAGACAUGGUGGCUAUCCCAGAUUUUAGUGCAGGUGCUAUGGAGAACUGGGGCUUGAUUCUUUACCGUGAGACGGCACUCCUGUACGAUCCUGUACUAAACUCUGCCAGCAACAAACAACGCGUGGCAGUGGUUGUAUCUCACGAACUAGCUCAUCAGUGGUUUGGUAACCUUGUCACUCCUGAGUGGUGGGAUGACCUGUGGCUAAAUGAAGGUUUUGCAAGCUACGUGGAAUACUUGGGAGUUGACAAAGUCGAAACAGAGUGGCAGAUGAAAUUACAAUUCUUAGUUGAAGACCUGCAGCCGGUUUUUACUGAGGAUGCCCUGGGUACAUCCCAUCCGGUCAAGGUACCCGUUGGAGCUCCUGCAGAAAUCAACGAAAUUUUCGACUCGAUCUCCUAUCAAAAGGGAGCCUCAAUCAUUCGCAUGCUGGACAACAUUCUGACUGAGGAAGUUUUCAAGAUGGGCCUAAAUUAUUACCUCUUUGAACGAUUCUAUGGCAACGCAAACUCUGACGACUUGUGGACUGUACUCACUUAUGCCGAUAAAGGCAUAGGAAAUAACGACGUAAAGAAAAUCAUGGACACUUGGACUCUUCAGAUGGGAUACCCGUACGUGACUUUCGAGAGGAACGGAAACUCGCUUACGGCUACACAGAAGCACUUCUUGAAUAACCCGAACAGCACAGUGGAGGACGGAAAGUUUGGGAACCUAGGGUAUUUGUGGUAUGUUUACCUGCUCUACGCACAUAAAUCCUACCAAGAUUACGACAAUCCGAUGACAAUGUGGAUGAAUAAAGAACGAAGUGUUGAACUGAGCUUGGGUGACAGUUACAACGAUAAUGACUGGUAUCUGGUCAAUAUUAAGCAGUAUGGUUACUAUCGAGUCAACUACGACCUAGAGAACUGGGAACGACUUAGUGAACAAUUGAUGGCUGACCACACGGUGAUACCAAUCGAAAACAGAGCUGCCCUUAUCGACGAUGCAUUCAAUCUUGCCAGGGCAGGCGUAAUCGAACAGACGACUGCGUUAAGUCUAACUAAAUACCUGACGAAAGAGAGGGAAUACUUACCAUGGGAAUCCACACUGGUUGUUAUCUCCUACAUCCGGGACAUGUUCAGCCGUUACUCCGGUUACGGCCCUCUUGAGAAAUACAUGCUGAGACAGAUUGAGCCGUUAUAUGACCAACUUGGAUGGGACGACAAUAUCACUGAUCCAGCCAAUACACAUUUGACUCAGUAUAACCGAAUCAACGCCCUAGGGACAGCGUGCCGCUACGGCCACAAGGACUGUGUUACACAGGCUUCCAGGCUGUAUAAGGAAUACAUGAGCAACCCAGAUAAGAAUCCAAUCACGCCCAAUCUGAAAUCAGUCGUCUACUGUAACGGCAUUCGUUAUGGUGGACAGGACGAGUGGGAAUUUGGUUGGGAGAGAUACGGCAACACGACUGAUUCAUCGGAGAAAUCCAAGUGGCUGAGUGCUCUAGCGUGUAGCAAUGAACCCUGGAUACUCAGCAGAUUCUUAGAAUAUUCUACGAUUAAGAUCCCGCAAGGUGAUACCAUCAACGUCAUCCGCUAUGUUGCCCAGAACUACGUUGGCCGAGCGCUUGCUUGGGACUUCGUCAGAGCCAAUUGGGACAAACUCUACAACGAAUACCAGUUAGAGCAGCGCUUCCCCGACGUUUUAAAAGCUCUGACGCAGCAUUGCAACACAGAGUAUGACAUCACAGAGAUGAGUAGCUUCUACAAGAAACAGAAGAACAUUCCGACCGUGAAGAAAGCCGUUGAUAUGAGCAUUGACCGGACACAGGCUAACAUCCGAUGGAUGAACGAGAACGCUGCGGCUGUACGGAUAUGGUUUAUGAACACUAUAGUAUGAAAACAUCUUUUAAAACAAUAACAACAUAGCAUUGAUCUUAUUUUGACUAACAGCAGGGAGAAAUUACAAACUCUUCAUGUAUAAUCGAAAGCAGUUUGUAAUGAUGUUCUCAAAACUGAACAGUUGUUAAAUUUACUAGGAUUUCAUGUACAGAUUUUCCCCCCGCUAUCAAAGCAUUCUCGAAAAGAAUGUGUAACAGAAGAAAACGUACCAUAUCUCGUUCCCUAAGCACUGAACUCACACUGAAUCACAUCAACGUGACAGUAAACCCUAAUAACAGGUAUUCGUGAAAAACGAUUAUUUGUUUGACCCAUCCCAUUUAAAAGUUGCUUGACUAGUAAAUGGUUUGACUGAAAAUUAUGGUUUAAAAACAAAUGAUGUAUAAAUUACAGAGUUGCACAGUGUACCGACAAAAAUAUGCCAUUAACUACCUUGUUUGAGAGAGUGUACAGAUAUAUGUGAUACAUAAAGAUAAUUCUAAUCUGACGUUUGACCUCGAAGUUUAAACGGAUUUGUUACAUGUACGAGUAGUAUUUAUCGUUUUGGACUGCAUGUGUGAACAGGAUAACAACUGAAUAGCGCGUCAUGUAAAUUGCAAAGUCGGAGAAGUUGCGAUUAUGUUUUACAUCUCUCAACUACUAAUUCAUUCAACACUCGUAGGAUAUGUAACGGCAUCUUUAAGCGUCAUCUUGAUUGUACAAUACAUAAAUAACAAUUUAAAGAUGAUAUAUAGAGAAAAAUGGACGUUGCAUGUCAACCUCAACUGAAGCCUAUUGUAGCUGAUGUUAAGAUUUGCGUGUAUAACAUGGUAGCGUACUCCUUGAUCAAAAUUCAUUACCUGCGUAAGAGCCCUUGAAAAUUUCGAAGGUAUAGUUGUAGACUAUUAUACCAAUACAUAAAGGGCGUACUCUCCGAUCGAGAUACAGGACCAAGAGAAUUCUAAACGAUUUUUACAAAACUAAACUUAAAACGUGGCAUGCAGUGAUCAAUGUAGAAUUUAUAGUUUGUUACUCUGUAUACAUUGGAGUGUAGCCGUGGCAGUUCGAAGGUUUUCUUAGGAUAUCUUACUUUUGGCUUGGCUUGUGUUUGGCUCGUAGAUCUGGUGAGGUUGAGACAGUGACUGUAUAAAAAGAACGUUCAAAAGUUACCACAUAUUGUAAAGAUUUUGUACAAUUUACUUGAUCCUUAUUUUUAUUACAGUUAGUUCAUUUCAGGACAAAAAGACUGUUACCAGGGGCAGAUCCAGGAUUUUGUAAUGGGGCAUGAUCCCUGAUUUUUCCAAAGGGGGGGGCGUGAACUAAAGAAGUAAUGGUAAAAUGCCCGUACAGCGUAGGGUCUGGUGCCAUUUUGGAUUCCGGGAUAGGCGCUCUGGGGUGCAGUUUCAAGAAGUAUAACACUUCCUUUCCUUCUCCCUCUCUCUUUCUUCUUUUUUAUUUAUUUUUUAAUUUUGUCGGUGAAAAAGGGGGGUGUGCGCCCCCUGGAUCCGCCCCUGGUUACAAAUUAUUAUUGUAUGACCAGUUGGAUGAAGACUGAAGGUGACGGAAUAAUACGUGCAAAGAAAAUUUAUCUUUCAACACGUAGGUAAGAGUAAAAGGACCAAACGGAUCGACCUUUAUUUGAAUGAAGCACUUAGCUUUUAAACUAAAAAGAGACUGGGCCGUCAUUAUUGGGCGUGAUGUAUGUGGGUUAGAAAAUGAAUAUCCAUUAAUAAGCUCAACACGUUGAGAGUUAUGUUCCAUACAUAUGUAACCUGUGUGGAUCACUGGCUCUGCCAUUAACACAUCUCGUUUAGGUGUGGGGUCUAUAGGUCUUUCCUAAUAACCCGUAUCUAUCUUUAAUUUUCAUCAUUAGCAAACACACCGAUCAUCAUCUAUGACUGUAUCUUGAUCUUAUUGAUACCAUGCACGUGGUAAGACAGUAAGCCUUGGGUACCAGUAUUCAGUAUACAUUUAAUGCCCUUAACGGAUGCCUAGAUCAGACCUUUGUUCCAGAUAUGUAAAUAAUGAAUUUGUAUGAGACACGUAAUAAAGAUACUCUGCGUAUAAUAUAUGACUAUAGGAA